GCCAUAAUUCAGAUGAUGACCUGUAUGCUAAUUGCUCUGCAGCACAACUUUCCAACAAGCAGCACAUGUCUGGGUCAGAUAGCUUAGAGAACAGUGAAAAUGCAUCCACUAACAGCUCCCCUCUAAACCUGAAAGGAUCUUAUGAUUAUAUUCGUGACAGAUCAGAAAGCUUUAGCAGUGAAGAUAUGGUGCUAAUGAAAAAUAUGCCUGGCACAUCUAGAGAUGGUCUGUUUUGUUCCACUUCUUCUCCAGUUGUGGGUUCAAACACUAAGCAGAGUUCCUCAUUUAAUAAGAAUGGUGCAUUGUUAUAUGAUACAUCUCAGAAAGGCAAUCAUGUACAGAAGCAAUCUGUUAAGCACCGAUCUGCCUCUCCGGGUAAUGAGAUGGUAACCUUAGAAGAAUUCCUGGAAGAAAGCAACAGAUUAUCUCCAAUGAAAGAUGUAUCCGGUAAAGAUGACUUGCUGAGUGACUAUUUCAGAAAAGCCAGUGAGCUUCCAUGCCCUGGAGGUCAGUUUCCACAGUCGUACAGGAAGGAGCCAAGCAAGACACCCACCAGUUAUGUCACUCCAACUAUAAAGUUGCCUGGGGCCGCUGAAGAUGGAAGACCACCUAAACCAGGCCACUACCUGAAACCAAAUCUUGGACCAUCAGAAUCGGAACUUGUGGCAAACUCCAACAAGCUUACCCAUGGACCUCGAAAUCAAGCCAGUCGAGCAUCAAAACCAUUGACAUCCUCUCAACAGAAUAACAACAUGGGCAGGCAGAGUGCUUCACUGAACCGGACCUAUAGCUUGGCUUCAGCAGAUCUUCUGAGAGCCACUAGCGCCGAUGUAUACAGACGAUAUGACAGUCUUCCAAAGCCUGUGGCUGCAGAUAGGCAGAUAGGCAAGGACUCAGACAGCCAGACUUCCCAGUUGCCUUUAGCUUCUAUUUCACAGAGCUUUCUGAGGGAACGAUCACAGCCUACAAAGAUAACCGGUUCUUUGCAAAGUGUGGAUUCUCGUUGUCGACAACUUGAUGUCAGGCGCCUUUCUCUUGCUCCUCCGAAAGAUGAGAGGUCACUCUUGUUCCCUCCAUUUUCUUAUUCUUCCACCACUUCUAAGGAUGAUCUUUCCUCUCAGCCACAGGAACGGGCAAAAGUAGAUUUAGAGCAACACUGUUCUCCCCAGUAUGGAUCUAAAACCAAAUCAAAGUCAUUGUUGCAAAGUGGGGAGGUCUCCACUGGGACCCCUGUCAGAAUUGUUCCUAACAGUUCAGAAGGGAACAAUCUUCAGGGAGGUGGUUCAAUUGACAUUCAGAUUGCCAAAUGCCCAAAUCCAUCACCAGAAAAUAAAAUUUUGGCAGAGGGCAUUGAGGAAACAAACAAAGGACUUGGUUCCAAGAACCCUCCUUCAUCAACCGAUCCCCCUGUUGAUCAGCAAACGGUUUGGUAUGAAUAUGGCUGUGUCUGACUCACCGCUUCCACUUUGCCAAGAAUUGUAUAAGAUAUGUUUCACUACUGAAAAUUGAGUGACAUUGGAUGACGCUGGGAGAUUUGCUAAACACUGUUGUCUUAAUUAUUUUCUGGAUGCUUUGCACCUCAGUAGAAACAUGCAUACUUGAGGUUCAAAACUGUUAACAGUUCUGAUGUCUAGAAGACUGUUUGAAUGAUUUAACCAUCUCCUCUUCUUUUUCUUCUUCAAUUCCAAGAUCAUAUUCUCAUAGUCUGGGAUGCUUAUCAUUUGGUCCUCUUGUGCCUUUUGCAGGCCUUUUUCUUUUACUAUUUGGGAAAUUGCAUUGUGUGCUUGUCUACUGAUCUCAAAUCUUAUUCACUUUACGCACAAUUGCCUGUUCUUUUUAAAUGCCAUCUUUUUACGAUUCUAAAAUAUUAUUUUGGGUGUUAAAAGCAGCAUGAGGCAAGAGUGUCGUCUUUGCACUGGUUAUCUUAUUACCAAUUAGAGACUUUUAAAAAUAUCCUGGCUUCUUUGCUGCACUUAACACUAAUGUGCAGUACAGAUGCUGCUGUUUUAUAUGUCUGUGAUAUUUUUAUUGAAAACACUGGAAAUAAUGCACUCUUACUAAAGGGCAUGGUCUCCUUUAAAUGACAACUUACCUUGCACUGGGCUGAUCUGUUUACCAUUCCAUGCAUUCAAUCAUUUAAUGGCCCCAUUGGUUGCCUAGAGAACCUGUGUAGCCAAUCUGCCCUCUUAAUGUGUACAGUUCUUUUAUCUAAAUGAUAUAUAGGAGAUUUUUUUUUAAUGAUGUCAAUGGAUAUUGGAAUGUUGAAGCUUACAAGCUUUCUCAAUAAACAAUUGCAAGUUCAGGCUCUGGUUCUAAUUUGGUCAGCAUGAUCUGUGUAUAAACCAGAUUCCAUUUGUAUACAUAUUUUUAUGAAAUCAUAUUUAUAUCCAGAUCAAAUAUUUUAUUGUAUGAGUUUCAUUGGCUUCUUGUGCAUACCUCCUAUUUUAUUGUUUGCUUAUAAAGAGAUUCUUUCUAACAGAUUGACAUAAUCAUAAAACUCUCUGGAUGUCAUAGAAAAAACUGAAUCUGUAACAGAUCUCACACACAACCAGUGAUUAGAGUGUGUCAUAGUGUAUAGCAGUCACAUUGUGAGAAGAGCAAAUUUGUAAUAAAGACUUUUUAAAAUACAAA